GAACCGCCCAUGGCACCGGUCCGACCCAUCUGUCUUCAGACGAGUCAUUUGGCAUGAGAGUUCUCCUCCCCUAAUUUCCGAGACGAAAGCGUACAGUUCAUGUCUCUCAGACCGCCAUAGUUAUCAAGCUUUUCCAGACGCUUGGAUUUCGAAGAGAGAGAGAGAGAGAGAGAGAUGUUGUUUCAGGUGGGAGGGCAAGGGGCACGUCCCACCUUCUUCGAGAUGGCCGCAGCUCAACAGCUCCCAGCCAGUCUCAGAGCGGCUCUCACUUACUCCCUCGGCGUAUUGGCAUUAAGAAGAUCAUUCUUGCAUAGGGUGUUGGACUAUGAAGACGAAUUUUUUGCAUUGCUGAUGCUGGUUCUUGAAACUCAUAGCUUACGAACUACAGAUGCUUCUUUCUCUGAGUCUUUAUAUGGCUUGCGAAGGAGAGCUGUGAGGAUGAGAGUGAAGAGGGAUAAUAAUCGUCAACAUUCAGGAGAUAGUAUUCAUCAUUCUGGAUUAGAAAAGCACCAGAAAGUUCUCUCAGUUGUAUUUCUGGUUGUUUUGCCAUAUUUUAAGUCGAAAAUGCAUUUGAUCUAUAAAAAAGAAAGGGAAGCGAGGCUUCAAGCAAGUUUAUGGGGAGAUGUGGAUGAAAGAUUUGAUGAAGCCGAUUAUCUUGAUGGAAGAGAGAAUUCCACUGUCUGGGCAAGAGCUUUGGAUGCAGAAGCAUCAGCCAGAACAAGUUUAGCUGAGAGGGUUCAGAAAAUUAUAGGUGCUUGCUACCCAUGGUUGCAUGCUGGGAGUGAAGGGUUGUCAUUUGCUUAUCAGCUGUUGUAUCUGUUGGAUGCUACGGGAUUCUAUUCUUUAGGAUUACAUGUACUUGGGAUUCAUGUUUGUCGAGCUACGGGGCAAGAGCUGAUGGAUACUUCUUCUAGAAUUUCAAAGAUAAGAAGCCGUGAACGUGAGAGACUUCAUGGCCCUCCCUGGUUGAAGGCAUUACAAGGAGCAUUGCUCAGCUGUGCAUAUACAGUGCUUGACUAUGCGCAAACUGGUUUAAUUGCGGCAGUAUUCUUCUUCAAAAUGAUGGAGUGGUGGUACCAAUCUGCUGAGGAAAGAAUGUCGGCUCCGACUGUUUACCCCCCACCUCCUCCUCCUCCAGCCCCGAAGGUUGCUAAAGAGGGUGUUCCACUGCCACCGGAUAGAACAAUUUGCCCUUUGUGCUCACAGAAGCGUGCAAAUCCAUCCGUGGUUGAAGCUUCUGGGUUUGUCUUCUGCUAUGCUUGCGUAUUUAAGUAUGUUUCUCAGUAUAAGCGCUGCCCAGUUACGCUGAUGCCAGCAACUGUCGACCAGAUUAGGAGACUUUUUCAUGACAUAUAGAAAGCAUUGUUAGAGAUUGUAGUGGAUAAAGUAAUUUGCAAUUCUGAAGCUUGUGAGAGUUGAGUAAAAUGCACUUCAAAGAAGCUGGGGGGACGACAGAGGUAUCACAAACUGAACAGGAUCAUGUGGGGGCAUUUGCAUCCUUGAAUUAGUGCUUUUUAGUUCUUUAGAUGUUACCUUUUAUUUAUUUUUUGCCUUCAUCUCGAAGCACAUGGUGAACCGCUCUGUCAUUAGAUAUAGUUCUGCCAAAACAACAGUUGUAUACAUUGAGAAAUUGCUGUAAUGCUGUAUAAUUAUUUGAUUGUUGUACUCAAAUCAAAUACUUCAGGAUGAAAGAGCAGGUCAAGCUUUUGUUAAUGUUUAAGUAUAUGGAAAUCGAUAUUUCUGUAGUUGAUGUAAUAAAGAUCAGAUCAGCCUUCCUGAAAUUAUGUAAUCAACUCUGGGAUUUUUAAUGAGAGAAGGUUGCUUUAGUGCC